CAACCUUCCCAGUGUACCGGACCGGGUCUCCGAUUACUCACCCCCGACGUUUCUUGCAAAUUCAACCCGGUUAAUCCCGGUUACGCCGCAUGCGUCGAAGGAAUCCGGAAGGAUCUAAUCGUCGCCACCGUAGCUGCCUCACUAAUCGGAUGCGUAAUCAUGGGAUUGAUGGCGAAUCUCCCGUUGGCUUUAGCUCCGGGAAUGGGAACCAACGCUUAUUUCGCUUACACCGUCGUCGGGUUUCACGGAUCCGGUUCAAUCUCAUACCGGACCGCACUCGCCGCCGUGUUCAUCGAAGGAUUGAUAUUUCUCUUCAUCUCCGCCAUAGGUUUCAGAGCAAAGCUCGCGAAACUCGUCCCUAAACCGGUCAGAAUCAGCUCCUCCGCCGGAAUCGGACUUUUCCUAGCUUUCAUCGGUUUACAGAACAAUCAAGGAAUCGGUUUAGUCGGUUAUAGUCCAUCAACUCUCGUCACUCUCGCCGCCUGUCCAACCUCGUCACGAGUCUCGUUAGCUCCCGUUAUAACGUCGGCUAACGGAACCGUUAGUUUACUCGCCGGAGGAGCAGUUUCCGGCGAUAUCAUGUGCGUUCACGGGAGAAUGGAGUCUCCAACGUUCUGGUUAGGUAUAGUCGGAUUCGUGAUCAUAGCUUAUUGUUUGGUAAAGAACGUGAAAGGAGCUAUGAUCUACGGGAUCGUCUUCGUGACGGCGAUCUCGUGGUUCCGUAACACGGAGGUAACGGCGUUUCCGAACACAUCGGCCGGAGACGCAGCUCACGAUUAUUUCAAAAAGAUCGUCGAUGUACACGUCAUCAAACACACGGCCGGAGCUUUAAGCUUCUCCGGUAUGAGCAAAGGACAUUUCUGGGAAGCUCUGGUGACGUUCCUCUACGUGGAUAUAUUAGAUACGACGGGGACGCUUUACUCGAUGGCUAGAUUCGCCGGAUUCGUAGACGAGAACGGAGAUUUCGCCGGACAGUAUUUCGCGUUUAUGUCCGACGCGUCCGCGAUUGUGAUCGGGUCCUUGCUCGGUACAUCUCCGGUGACGGUGUUCAUCGAAUCGUCGACGGGGAUAAGAGAAGGUGGGAGGACGGGGCUGACGGCGAUCACGGUGGCGGUUUAUUUUUUCUUAGCGAUGUUUUUCACGCCGUUGCUAGCUUCGAUUCCGGCUUGGGCGGUUGGUCCGCCGUUGAUAUUAGUGGGAGUGAUGAUGAUGAAAUCGGUGACGGAGAUUGAUUGGGAAGAUAUGAGGGAAGCGAUUCCGGCAUUCGUGACGAUGAUUCUGAUGCCGUUGACUUACUCAGUCGCUUACGGAUUGAUCGGUGGGAUUGGGAGCUACGUGGUGUUGCAUCUAUGGGAUUGGGGUGAAGAAGGUUUGGUGAAGUUUGGGUUUUUGAAAAGGAGAGUUAAAGAAGAAGAAGAGGUUAAUCAUAACAAUGGACUUGUCAAAGCUAGUGAGACUGAUGAUAACACUACUACCGUUUAGAUUUUUACAUUUUUUUUUUGUUACUAUUUGAUUUUUUUUUUUCUUUCUUAGGAAGAAAAGACUAGUGAUUGCAUUAUUGAUUUAUUUCUCUUGUAGAGGAAAAGUGUACAAAUGUGGUGGGAGAAAUAAAAGUAAACUGUAGAAAUUUUGACA